UGUGAUUUGCUAAAAAUGAAUAAAAUAUGCUACAAAAAAGUUGGCUACAAAUUUCGCAAAACUUCCUUAUAAACAACAUUGGAAGUUUUAUUUGUGAGUUUGUCAUCUUUAUCUAAAAUUGAUAAUUUUAAUCUCUCUCUGUUUUGAACUCUAUAUAAUGCAACAUACAAUUGUCCAUGUGAAAAAACUGGAUCUUUCAGAAACAAACCAACCUUUGAUAACGAUUGUCCUUGACUUUUAUUAAUAGUCAUUGCAAAACAUACGACCAAAGGAAACUGUCUUCUUGUGAAUUUGAAGGAAUCUUUUUUUUCUUCUGAUGGAGUUAAAGACAUCUUGGAAUAAAAGUCCGGUUUCCAAUAUUAGUUCCAGUUAUUAUACGUGCCUCAAUAACACGUUUGCCCAAUGAUAACACCUGUAGUCUUGUGCCAUUACAUAAACCGUUUUUCUGAUCAAUAUUUCUCAGUAACAUUACCGGAACACCAAUUUUUAAAACCAACUUAUGAUUUGGUAAACCGAAUACUUUGAGACCAUUUAAUACAUUAGGAAAGUAUAAAUUUACAUCAAAUUGAUCAUGGACAAAUUCGGAUUCACAUAUGCUGUCUGAACUUAAAUAUUAAUUUCAUCUCACGGAGGAGCCGCUUAAAACAAUCAUACACUUUACCAAUAAUAAAUAAAAAAAAAUUACAAGGGUUGAGGGUUGACUAGUGAACCUAAAUACUAAUCCGAAUAAGACCCGUUUAUUUAACAUGUUGAAACAUCAUAAAUUUCAACCUAAACCCAUUUAUUUUUAUGUUGAGUACAUAUAUGCUGCAAUGUUGGGCCAAUAACUUAAAAAGAAGGAUAUCGUUAUAUAGAUAAAUAUAAGUUUAUGUGGAUAAUUAGGUUAUCUUAAAAAUCCGAAUUGGAUUGGGAUAACGUUAUGUAUAAUGGUAUCAACAAACCUAUAAACCUAACAAAGCGCUUUUAAGUAACAAACUUCUCCUGCUUUUCCUUAGUUAUCUUGCUGUUUUCCUCUCUCUCUCUCUCUCUCUCUGUCUCUCUCUCUCUCCAACCAUGGCAACUGCGACAACAAAGACAACCGAUGAUGAGAAAUCGUUGAACGAUUGGCUGCCUAUCACGUCGUCUAGGAAUGCUAAGUGGUGGUACUCCGCUUUCCACAAUGUCACCGCCAUGGUGGGAGCUGGGGUUCUCGGCCUCCCCUACGCCAUGUCCGAACUCGGAUGGGGUCCUGGAAUUACUGUAAUGGUUUUAUCAUGGGUGAUAACUCUCUACACCUUAUGGCAAAUGGUGGAGAUGCAUGAAUGUGUUCCUGGGAAACGAUUCGAUCGUUACCACGAGUUAGGCCAAGAAGCCUUUGGCAAGACGCUCGGUCUUUGGGUGGUAGUGCCGCAACAACUCACCGUCGAGGUUGGUGUAAACAUCGUCUACAUGGUCACCGGCGGCAAGUCCCUCAAGAAAGCUGUUGACACCUUAUCACCUCACGGUGGUCCACCAAUCAAAACCACCUAUUACAUCAUGAUGUUCGCCGCUGUCCAGUUCUUCCUCUCCCACCUCCCCAACUUCAAUUCCAUCACUGGCGUUUCAUUCCUUGCCGCCAUUAUGUCAUUCUGUUAUUCAAUGAUAGCAUGGAUAGCUUCAGUACGCAGAGGGACUCAACCCGAUAUUAAGUAUACGCCAAAGGCUUCAACCACCACUGGCCAAACGUUUGGAUUCUUGAGCGCAUUAGGCGAUGUAGCCUUUGCCUUUGCUGGCCAUAACGUUGUUUUGGAGAUUCAAGCAACAAUCCCUUCGACACCUGAAACCCCAUCCAAGAAACCCAUGUGGAGAGGGGUUGUUUUCGCGUAUAUUGUGGUGGCUUUGUGUUAUUUUCCUGUAGCAAUGAUCGGAUACUGGGUUUUCGGUAACACUGUUGAAGACAAUGUCCUAAUUUCACUUGAACGUCCUCCUGUUAUUGUUGCUAUUGCAAACUUAUUUGUUGUUAUUCAUGUUAUCGGAAGCUAUCAGGUUUUUGCAAUGCCGGUAUUUGAUAUGGUGGAGUACUUUUUGGUUGUAAAGAUGAAAUUUAAGCCCACCAAAUUCCUACGAUUUGUGUCAAGAACUUCUUAUGUUGCCUUGACCAUGUUCCUUGCAAUAACAUUCCCAUUUUUUGGAGGGCUCUUGGGUUUCUUUGGAGGCUUUGCUUUUGCUCCCACUACAUAUUUUCUUCCUUGUAUCAUGUGGCUAGCCAUCAAAAAGCCCAAGAAGUUUGGUCUUUCUUGGUUUAUAAAUUGGAUAUGCAUAAUUCUUGGGGUCUUGCUGAUGUGUUUAGCCCCGAUCGGAGCAUUGCGGCAAAUCAUAUUGCAAGCGAAGGAUUACAGAUUUUACUCUUGAUUAAUAUAAGAUAUGGAGUUUUUUCUUAGAAUAUGUAGGUUGAAAUUAAGUUAAUUAUUUUAGAAGUUUGUGUCAUGAUUUCAUUUCCUAGCUAAGUUCUUUUUACGUAGGUUUUCAUAUUUCCUUGUCUAGUUCUAUGCUUGAAUCUUAAUUUCUUAUUUAUAAAAAAAAAGAGAUGUCUUUUAUUUC